UGCUAAGUGGAUAAAGAAAAGAAAAAAAACAAGCACGAAGUACUCUAUGGCUAACCAUAUUCUCCUCUUCACCCUCAUCUCCAUCUUUCAAUUAGGAGUCAUCUCCUCCCACCCUAUCCCUAAUCAAGAUACUAGUUACAUGAAGUUUGUACAUGAGGCAAGUGAGUUACAAGAAAGUGAAGAAUAUGAUUACAUAAUAAUAGGAGGAGGAACAGCAGGAUGUCCAUUAGCUGCAACAUUAUCAUCUAAAUUUUCAGUUCUCCUUCUUGAAAGAGGCAAUGACCCUAACAAAUAUCCCUCAGUGUUAAAUGAACAAGGCCUAUUGAAUGCUUUUGUUGCAGAAGAUGAUGGCCAAAAUCCCUUCCAACAUUUCAUCUCUGAGGAUGGUGUAGAGAACUUAAGAGGACGUGUUCUCGGCGGUGGUAGCAUGAUCAAUGCCGGUUUUUACUCGAGGGGUCAUCGUGAGUUCUUUGAAACUGCGGGUGUGGAUUGGGACAUGGAAUUGGUGGAGAAGGCUUAUGAAUGGGUUGAAGAAACGGUGGUAUCGAAGCCAAGUUUGAGUCCUUGGCAAGCUGCUUUUAGAAGUGCAUUAUUGGAAGGUGGUGUUGGCCAUGAUAAUGGGUUUGAUUUGAAGCACCUUGUAGGGACUAAAACUGGAGGGUCUAUCUUUGAUAACAAAGGAAACAGACAUGGAGCUGUAGAACUUCUCAACAAAGGUGAACCUGAAAACUUUAAAGUUGCAACUCAGGCCACAGUCCAAAGAAUCAUCUUCACUGGUUUAUCAGCAAGUGGGGUUUCUUAUUCUGAUUCAAAAGGAAAGUUGCAUACAGCAUUCAUUCGUAAAAAAGGAGAGAUCAUACUAAGUGCAGGAGCCAUUGGAAGUCCUCAACUUCUCCUGCUAAGUGGUGUUGGCCCAAAAUCUCAACUUAAAUCAUUAAAACUACCUGUCGUCCUCGAUCAACCACAUGUCGGCGAAUUCAUGUCCGAUAAUCCCCGUUUCACUCCGACCAUCGUUCUUCCAUUCCAAGUAGUUGCUUCAUCUGCACAAGUAGUUGGAACAUUAGACAACAAUAUCCACUUGCAAGCCUUUGCUAGCCCUUUACCAUUUUUCGCUCCACCAUCGUUUAGCCUUCUUCCUCCUCAAUCCACUUCCAUUGUCCCUAGCUUAGCCAUUUUUGUCGGUAAAUUCUCUGAUGUUUAUUCUGAAGGCUCACUCCGUUUGAAUUCCUCCAUUGAUGUGAAGGAGAGUCCCAUUGUUAGAUUCAAUUAUUAUUCACAUCCUGAUGAUCUUGCUCGAUGUGUUAGAGGAGUAAGAAAAGUAGGGGAUUUGCUUAGAACUCCAACCAUGGAAAAGAUUAAGACUCAAGAUUUAGAAGGUAAUAAAAGAUUUCAGUUUUUGGGGCUUUCUUUGCCAGAAAAUUUGUUGAAUGAUAGUGCUGUUGAAGAAUAUUGUCAGAAGACAGUGACUACUUAUUGGCAUUAUCAUGGAGGAUGUUUGGUCGGAAAAGUGGUUGAUGAUAACCACAAAGUGAUCGGAAUUGAAAAUUUACGUGUAGUUGAUGGCUCCACUUUCUCUGUCUCACCGGGAACUAAUCCUAUGGCCACCCUCAUGAUGCUCGGCCGGUAUGUUGGCCUGAAGGUACUGCAACAAAGAUCAAGUUAAAGAGUGCAAACUAAGACAGACCAUUUUGUGUAGCAUUUUUUGUUGUGCCCCGUGUAUCUUCUCUCUUUAAUAUAUUAUCAUUAUUAUUGUUAUUGUUAUUUUACUAUUAAUGAAAAUGAAAAUGUACUUUUUUUUCUUAAAUUCAACAAAGUUGGGGUUGAUAAUUGUUCUAUA